AUGGCUUCGUCCCUGCCACCUCAAGGUCCUUUCCCCCCCCCGUCCGCCCUUGCUGCUGCUCCUCCCCCAAGCCGGCCUGGCAGCGGGCUGCAGAUGGCGCAUCUGCUCCAUCCUCCAACGCAACAGGGCCCUGUCAUGCCCAUGCCGACUUCCUCGCCAUAUGCCCACUCCUACGACUCGGCCUCCGGCUCCCCAGCCGACCGCUCAUCUAUCUUGACUGAUGCUACCGGAUCGCUGCCUGAUGCUCCCGCCCUGAUGCCGUCUAUGGUCGGCGCAGCGGGACAGCCGCAGCAGAAAAGAGCUUAUCGCCAGAGAAGAAAGGACCCCAGUUGCGAUGCUUGCCGCGAGCGCAAAGUGAAGUGCGAUGCCUCCGAGUCCUCUAGCUGUACGGAGUGCUCGAAUCGCAAAGUACGAUGCCAAUUCACCAAAGAAACGAACAGGCGCAUGUCUUCUAUCAAGCAAGUUCAAGACCUAGAAAAGCAGUUAAGUUCCACGAAACAGCAAUUGCAACAGCUUCGCUCCGGUGUGAUAAGGAGUGACAAUGCGAUGGACAUCGAUUUCGACGUCAGCGGUCAGCCAGUGUUAAAGCUACCAGACGUCGGGUAUCGCCCACCCCGGCGGAAUCGGCCGUCAGUGCCACAGGGCCUUUCAGUAGCUCGCUCCCAUAUGCGCAACUACGGUCGCGGCGUAAUCAAAGUGCCGCCGCCAUACCGGCAAUCUAUCUCCCCAACAGUAAUUGCCGACAGCAAUGUGACGGCGCUUCCUUCCAAGGCGGUUGCUGAUCGUUUACUGAGCCAAUAUCACACCUACGUUCACUCGGUCCUGCCUAUCAUCCACUGGCCCAGUUUCAUGGCCGAGUAUGAACAAGUCUACCAGGCGGGAACUUUACGAGGAGCACACCGGGAGUGGACGGCAGUAUUAUUUAGUGUUUUCGCAUGCGGUAUCAUGCAUACACUGGAACCCAACAAAGAGCAUGAGGCUCAAGCUUUUCUCUUGUCGUCUACGGGCAUAGUGGAUACUUGGGUGGACGAUUUUACCUUGGACCAAGCUCGAGUGACCCUUCUUAUCAGUAUUGCUCUAUAUGAAAUGAAUUCCAGAUCUGCCAGUUGGGUGUGGUUGGGAACCGCAGUUAGGAUUGCGCAGGAUAUUGGUCUUCACAUGGAAUCUGGUCCAUGGCCAGCUGUGGAAGCUGAAAUGAGGAAAAGGCUUUGGUGGGGGAUCUACGCCUGGGAUAGGCUGCUGUCUCUUGAGCUAGGAAAACCCAUCUCGAUUCACGACCAAGACUGUGAUGUAGAUCUUCCAUGUCCGAUCGACGAGCAAUUUAUUUCAGAAGCAGGCCACGUGCCAGAAGGAUCGCAGACGAAUCCUUUGCUCGCCAUUAUCCAUGUAGUUCGUUCAAUUGGGCAAUUAACUAAGACACUGAGAUCACCAGUCAUCAGCCCAGCCACCCUCGAAAUCUUCGAUCGCCAUUUCAACGCUUGUCUCGCAACGUUUCCUAUCAACUACCAUCCUAAAUCAGAUCUUUACCUUGACCCCAGCUCCCUCGCGCCAAUAAUCUAUCUCCAGAACGCACGUUUAAUUUUGCAUCGUCACAAUAUCUCUCCUCAUUGUCCCACAGAAGUCCGAUAUCCGGCGUUUGACCACUGCUUGUCAAUUGCUGCCGACACAACGCGAGUGCUUCAGCGAUGCAUGCACUCACCGCCGACAUCUCCUACGUAUGGUGGUGUUCGAGGCGAGUGGCAGACACUCCUGGCAUCUUCCGCAACAACUUUACUUUGUACACAUAUUUGGCGCUGCUUACUGAUCCUCAUCUUUCGAGAGGAUUUUGCGGCAGCUUUGGUCUGUGUUCAGGCUUGCAAAGCCAUUGGAAACUCCCACGUCCUCAUGAAUCCGUGCGGCCGAUAUGUUGCAUUUUUCCUGAAAUAUCUUUUGGAACGAUUGCAGCGCAACGACAGUCGACCCCUGGAUAGAGACGAGGAAAUAAUUGCAUAUGUAUCGGGAGAUAUGCAAGGCACCACUGAUAGCAGCUGGAUAUGGCAAGGUAGCGAGACGGGAACGAAGCUGGAAACGAUGCCAUCACAGGUAUCCCCGACCCUUCAAAAUGGACGUGCAGCCGCCGCAUCUGAACAAGGUCUCGAUUGGGAGGGAUGGGAGUGGAUUGACCGGACAGUCGAGUAUCUUGCCGGCGAGGCUCGUCGACGGAGCCAGGAACGAAGAGACGUGCCAUCAGUGGUUCCUCGACCUAUUGAGUCACACAAAUUAAGUCCAGACUCGAUUCCUAACACUAGCAAUACUGCUCCUCGAUCGACUCCAUCCCAUUCACGCAUGACUAUUGCAAAUAUCAUAUAG